AUGUGGAUUUUUCUUUCAGACAACAUCAGUGCCGAAGAAUGCCUUGAUAAGAAAACCGUUUACGAAAAUUACUGCAAUAUGUGGCUUCUGGAUUUCCCUCAGAUUCAUCCCGACGGUGGUAAGCGACUUUGUUUUCGGUACUAUGGAGGUUCUACUUUGGACUGUGUGGCACAAACUGAACCGCUUGUUCUUAAAGAGCCGGUAGACAGAUUUAAGAAUUUUAUAAAAAUCAAACCAAAAGUAAAAUGCCAGGGAAUACAAAACGACGGAUUUCAAGAUGACGUUUCCAUACCGGCCUUAAAAUUAUCAAAUUCCUUAGAAGAAUUGAGUACAGGUUGUAGUAGCGAAAUUUUAGGUAACGAUUUAGGAGUAAAAAAGAAAUUAUCGCAAACUUUAAGGCGUUCAGAAAGUACAAAUGGCGGUGGCAAGAAAAAAAAUCGUCCAAAAGAACCACAAGUUUCAAGUAAGGAAUAUUAUCAAAUUUGGAUGGCAUCGUCAGCCCUUCCUAAAGUCAACGGAACAUCCUCAGCAAACGAAGAUAAUGAAGAACCGGCGCCACCGUUACCACCGAGAUCGUUACAUAAACCUCUCGAAAGAACUUGUGCUGUGCCGUUUGUACCACCCACCGUUCUUCGUUCAAAUAAACCUAAAACAAAUGUACAAAAACCUGAGGACGCUUUCAAUUUUGAACUAAUCGAUACAGAUGAAAUUAACGAUGCAUCUCCAGACGAUUACGAAAAGAUGGAGAACGGCGUUUUGAUAAAUUUCAAGCAAACCAAGCCUUUCAUUCCAAACGGGAAUAGUCUAGUCGAUAAAGAUAAUUACAUCACUACUGUAUUUGCAAAAACGAAAGGAAAGCGUAACAAACCUGGUCCUUCAACCCAUUCAGACAUGGAAUCUAAAAGUAGUCAUAGUUCAGUUUCAACGACACAUAGUGAUAGUUCUUUAGAAGGAUCGCCUUCAAGAAACAGUGAUUUAGCAUCUAGCUAUUUAGUUAUGAAACCCCAUAAACCACUCUCUCGUCAAAUUUCUCCGAAAUGGACACAACCCCAUGAUACUCCCAAGCAUACAUCUCAUCACAGUUCUGUAGUACGUCAAACCCCAUGCCAUGUGAUGACUUCUCCCGUUAGUUGUAGUUCUGAAUUUGCCAAAAUGAAAAUUGAACCCGUGAUAAAUGGUGGUGUUAAACUAGGUGCCUUAUUAAAUGAUGAGCUAGUCUGCCCUCCGACUCCAACGCAUCACCCUAAGGUUAAUAGAACUAAUGGGGGACUACAUCCACCGUCGCUUAAAUCUAGUCAUGAAGAAACUCAACAUUCCAAAGAUAGUAGAGAAAAUAUUGAAAAGGGCAUCUUCAAAACAUGGGAGGCCCGAAUGGAUAGCCACGGUCGUGUUUUUUACAUCGAUCACGCAACAAGGACAACGUCUUGGCAAAGGCCUACAUGCAGCACUGCUCCAGGGCCCGGCAUUGUUGGCGCUGAACAACAACGACGUCAGUUAGAUAGGCGAUAUCAAAGUAUCCGACGUACUAUUAGUUCAGGAAGGAUACAGGACGUGGAGCAAAAUUCUGCUACCGCUGCUAACACCAUGCAUCCUGCAGUGCGAUUGUUAACCAGACCCGAUUUCUUCAACAUUCUGCACAUGAAUCAGGAUGCCUUAUCUCUUUACAACCGAAACGCAACAUUAAAACAUAUGAUAAGUAAAAUUAGAAGAGAAUCAACGGCCUUUGAAAAAUAUCAACAUAACAAAGAUUUGGUGGCCUUAGUCAACCUUUUUGCUGACACAGAAGCAAACCUUCCUACCGGUUGGGACACAAAAAAAGACAGAAAUUCUAAGCAAUUUUUUAUCGACCAUAAUAAUAGGAAGACUACUUACAUGGAUCCACGUCUUCCUACAGACACUGUCAGCAUUGCUGCUAGAUUUUUGGAGUCAAUGACUGUGCGUGAGAUAAUCGAGAUGAACGAUUUAUCACUAAAAUAUUUAGUUUAUUUCUUUUUUCAAUGUUUAUUAUACUUUUUGUUGGCAUGGUUUAUUCCGAUAUACUUAAAUAGCAAAUGAAUAUGAUUUACUAAU